CACGUGACGUCAGACAAGAGCCAAUCAGAGCGCUGACAAGAGAGCUUGUUUACCGUCCGCUUCCGUGUUUCUCCUCAGUGUUGUUCCAUCGGAGCCCAGCGCGAUGUCGUCUUCCCUGCAGCAUUUUUUCGGAGGGACCUCUGAUGGAAACUUCACCACAUUGUGUCCCAACGGUUCCCGGUGGGUCUGGGACGGACUGGGAGAAUGUGCAGUGGACGGCAGAGACAUGGCCAGCGUCUACCUGGGCUUGUUCUCCAUCCUCUGCUUCAUGGUGUCCUCACUACCUCAAUACUACAGCUCCUGUAAAACGGGGAACAUGGACAGCGCUCUCUCCAUCUGGUUUCUGUUGUUGUGGCUCGGGGGUGACAGCUGCAACCUGGUGGGCUCUUUUCUGGCGGAUCAGCUUCCCCUGCAGACAUACACGGCCGUCUACUACGUCCUCGCUGACCUGCUGAUGCUCGCCAUGUACUUCUACUACAAACUGAGGAACCAGCUGAAUCGACGUACGACGACUUUAAAUGUGGUGGGGGCCAUCUGUGUCCUGGGUGUCACCGGGACGCUCACCUUCCCGGCUCUCGGAAGCCACCAGGAAGUUUACUCCUCCACUUUGAGAGGACGAGCUCUGCUCAGCAUUAAGCCUUUCACCUCGAAAGAAAUCAUCGGCUUCUCCAUCGGAUCCAUCUCCUCGCUGCUCUACCUGUCGUCCAGACUCCCGCAGAUGUACACUAAUUUCAAAAGGAAGUCAACAGAGGGUGUUUCCUACUUCCUCUUUGCUCUGAUCAUCGUGGGAAACACUACGUACGGCCUGAGUGUCUUGCUGAAGAACCCCGAAGAUGGCCACAGCGAGCAGAGCUACCUGGUCCAUCACCUGCCCUGGCUCAUCGGCAGCCUCGGCACGCUGACGCUGGAUCUGAUCAUCUCCAUCCAGUUCCUCGCCUACCGCAAACCGUCCCACAAGGGCACCGACGAAGAAAGGACGCCACUGAUCGUGAGCUGAGCAAUCCAGCGGCCAUCACUACGACGACGCCUCAGACAACUAUUUUUAGCUCCCCACACCGUUCGGUUUAUAUUUUUAAGAGUGUAAAUAGUAUCUUAAAGUGAUGUUUUAUGGUCUUGUUUGAACAGUGUAAAUCAAGUGCUUUAAUCAUUGUACCUCCAUACUUGAACUUUUGAAAUUCCACUCGCUGCUCUUGCACAUUUUGACGUCAGUGUGUCAGUUUGUGUUCUUAAGAAAAAUAUGUCUCAGCCCAACUGAGAAAAAUCACAUCAGAUUUCUGUUUAUUUACUAUGAAAUGAUGCAUUUUGGUGCUUGUAAAUAAAUAAAAAAAGAG